AUGGCCAAGACAUUUCCCCGCCUGUCUCUUCUGGUGGAAGAAAAUCCGCUGCCGUACCGCACCGCGUCCAACGGGAUUGCUCUGCUCCCGCCCUCCGCCUCUCAUGGCUCCUUCGUCGCUGUGGUGGCGCAUGGGGUGGCCUCCACCACACCCGGGGGCGGUGCUUGCGACCUGUUGAGGUUGCAGACAGCUGCAAGUGCACCUGUCUUGAGCCUUGAGGUGUACACACUGGGCACCUCCUCCCUGUGGACAACAGACGCAGCAUCUAACACUCAUACACAAGCCCCUGAUAUGAUGCGGUUGCACACCAUUCCUAUUUUUGACAAUGACCUUCGCUAUACACAUUCGCGGGACCCGACACGGCGGCAGAUGGUGAGCAAGAGCACGGCUGAUUUUCCGUGCGCGUCUCCUGCAACGGACUCCGCGGAGACGGCUGCUUUGACGGAGGCAACAUGGACAGGCAAAAACUUCUUCUUGCCACCAUCGACGGACACGGUGCAGCCAACAACCCCCUCAUCCGUGGAGGUGGAGCAGAUCACGUGGGUGGGUCUCAGAUUUUUGGCUGUGAAGACGCGGCAGCGGCAAGUGCUGCUUGUUCGGUCAGGCCUCACAGAAAGCGCCAGCUCGCCGAGCUCGGAAGGCGAUGAUGACCCACAGUGUGCCGCACUUGAUGGACUUCACGGGCGCCACCGCGACUCGAGCGCCGUGUGCGCGUCCUUUGCGCGCGUCACAGACUUCUGCACCGCAAGCACUACUGGCACACGGGCAAGCAUUGGUAUGGAAAGCUCACCGGUGUCGGUGAUGAUUGUAGCGGGACUAAAAAGCGUUACUGGUGUGGUGUGCUGCGGCGGGGCGGGGCUGGCGGCGGAUCCGGCGCGAAAGGCGGCGUCACCACAGCCAUCGAAAGCGAAUCGGCAGCCUCUACUGGAGGAGCACACGUGGAAUAUUGGGCCCUUCAAUUGCGUGGCGGCGACUGCUCGCAAUGACUCCCAAGUAUGCAUCUGUGCAACGUCGCUGAGCGGCAGCGUGGAGGUGUAUGCGUGGACGGUGCAGAGUACCGGGGAUGAUGCGGUGCCGGUGUGCGUGCACCAGGUUCUAAUGGGACCUGGACAUGUCUUCUACGGAAUCGCCGUCGCUGCUGCCAUGGUGCCGGCACACGAGACAGCAAAGCAGGCGGUGCAGGACGUGAGCUUCUGGGUUCUGGGCGGUGAGUCUGCGGUAGGGCAAGAUGGUUGGACAGCGCUGAGCUGCGAUGCAGCGGCAAAAAAAUCGGCCUUGCCAGCUCUGCAUGGCCUUGACGGGCGUGUGAUUCAGGUGAACUCACAGACACCGGAGCGUGCUGGGAAAGAACCGAGCAGCGACGCAUCUCAUGCAAGUUUGGCGGCAGGGAACGCCGCCCCUCGCACCUUGAAUUCCCUGUGGGCGGCCCCGUCGAAUGGCUCAGCACAAGCAUCAGACGGGGUUGCCCAGCACACCACCGUUUUAGGUGGCGCAGUCCCGACUCUUUUUGGGACCGCGCUCCCUGCCCUCGAGACCGUGUCGAGCCUUCGAAUAGAGACCCCCUGCUUCCUACCGCAGGAAAGAAGCGGUAUGCUAAAGGACGACGGAGCCCACGUGCACGCCAGGCCGGGUUGUGCGCUUACAAAGAGGUACGCUCUUCUCGUACACGCCUCUGCAAAACGCGCAAGCUGCACGGACGACGGCUCGUUCCCCAUGUCCGCUUCGUCUCCCCAGUGUGUGGAUGACGAGCAAAAGGUAGCUUGGAGGAGUGCGGUCUUGUCACUGGACCGCGCCGACGGCGUUGCGGCGCUGGACUGGCUAGCGGGGGCGCCGACAGAGGGUGGCACACCACCUCCGUUUAGCCUUGCCUCUGUCGCACCCGCACUUGUGACAAAUGCCGAGUGUCAGGCAAGCAGCACCACCGUCGAACAGCAUAUGCACGGCCUCAUCCUUUUUACCCCCCGUCGCAUCCUGCAGUUCGGCAUGAGCCACCGGCGCGAGUCGACUGGUGACAGCAUCACACGGCUUGGGCUCGAAGUGCACGGCAUCUACGAGGUUAACCGACCGCAGCGCAUUGUCGGCAUAGCCCCUCUUCUCUCGCCGAAGGCCCCAGCGCCGCUUCUCUUCUUCUACGGCUCGGCUAGCAGCAUCGAGACAAACCGCGAUGGCAGCGGUGAGGAUACACGGUCCCUGUACGGACAACAGAGACGGACGUCGACGUGGACUGUCGUCGUGGAUGUUCAAGCGUCUCUGCUUCAUCGGCUCACGACGUGGAGCUCGCCGGCGACGGCGAAGGUGACGGUACAGAGCAGCAGUGACGUGCAAGGGCACCUCCGUGAAUCGGAACUCUUCGAAAAGGUGCAGGCGAUGGUCCAGUCAGAGGGCGCACGCAUCCAGCGGCGUUUAGACGACCGCAUGGACCGAUUGGAAACCAUGCUGCAACGACUCUUUCGGCCUUGA